AGGCAGAAACGGGAGGAAAGAGGCGGGAGGGAGGAGGAGAGAAGCCGCUUACACACGCCUUCCAGUCGCUCCACUCAGAGCAGCCGGGAGAUCGCUGCUGCCGCCGCUCCUCACACUGCCGCUGCUAUCCCUGCCACCGCUGCUGCCACCUGAGGAGACAUCCAGGACCCGCCGCCUCCCUUGCCGCCACCCCCGACGAUUCCUCUCCAGCACCAGGCUUUUGAUGCACAUUGCCGCUACUGCCAAUUAGCAUCAUUACUAUUAUUAAUUAUUAUUAUUCCAAGACCCGGAAAAAUCAUAGUGCGGACAGAAAGAACUACGUCCACCUUUGCGAAUUACUCAAGUGUCUCUUAGGAAGGAGUCUGCAGGUCCCGGGAACCGCUGCAGCCUCGGGAGCCGAGGGCGGCAGUUGCAAAGGAGGGAGUAGUUGGGGCAUCGCCUGGUGGAAAGUUGCGUGCGGCCGAGCCCCGAAGGUGCCGCUCCACAGCCUGGGGGAGCUGUGAGUCUAGGAGAAGCCUCUGCCCCCCGCGUCCGGACCCCCGGGUGUGCAGGCCGUGUGGGGCCAGGGACGACGCCCCCUCCUGCGGCGCGGACUCUGUCAGCGGCCCCCUAAGGAGGAGGAGGAGGAAUAUGGCUUCGAAGGCGGUCCCCUCCUGCCGUCUGGUCUUCUGCCUCUUGAUGUCCGCUGCUGUCCUCAGGCCAGGUCUUGGAUUGUACACUGUAAAUUCAGUAUACGGAGAUACCAUUAUCUUGCCUUGCCGACUAGAUGUACCUCAGAAUCUCAUGUUUGGCAAGUGGAAAUAUGAGAAGCCUGAUGGGUCCCCAGUAUUUAUUGCCUUCAGAUCCUCUACAAAGAAAAGUGUGCAGUACGACGAUGUGCCAGAAUACAAAGACAGAUUGAGCCUCUCAGAAAACUACACUUUAUCUAUCAGUAAUGCAAGGAUCGGUGAUGAAAAGAGAUUUGUGUGCAUGCUUGUAACUGAGGACAACGUGUUUGAGGCGCCUACAGUCGUGAAGGUGUUCAAGCAGCCAUCAAAACCUGAAAUUGUCAGCAAAGCACCAUUUCUUGAAACAGAGCAGCUUAAAAAGUUGGGCGACUGUGUUUCUGAAGACAGUUAUCCAGAUGCUAACAUCACAUGGUACAGAAAUGGAAAAGUGUUGCAACCUCUUGAUAGAGCAGUAGUCAUAAUUUUUACGAAGCAAAUGGACCCAGUAACUCAGCUGUAUACCAUGACUUCUUCGCUGGAGUAUAAAGCAACCAAGGCUGACAUACAUAUGCCAUUUACCUGCUCUGUGACAUAUUAUGGACCAUCUGGCCAGAAUACAGUUUAUUCUGAACAAGCAGUCUUUGAUAUUUACUAUCCUACAGAACAAGUGACAAUGCAAGUGCUGCCACCAAAAAAUGCCAUCAAAGAAGGGGACAACAUCACCCUUACAUGUUUGGGAAAUGGUAACCCUCCUCCUGAGGAAUUUUUGUUUUACUUGCCAGGACAGCCUGAAGGAAUAAGAAGCUCAAAUACUUACACAUUGGCAGAUGUGAGGCGCAAUGCAACGGGAGACUACAAAUGCUCUCUGAUAGACAAAAAAAACAUGAUUGCUUCAACAGCCAUCACAGUUCACUAUUUGGAUUUAUCCUUAAACCCAAGUGGGGAAGUGACAAAGCAGAUUGGUGAUACUCUGCCGGUGUCAUGCACAAUAUCUGCUAGUAGGAAUGCAACUGUGGUAUGGAUGAAAGAUAACAUCAGGCUUCGAUCUAGCCCUUCAUUCUCUAGUCUUCAUUAUCAGGAUGCUGGAAACUAUGUCUGUGAAACUGCUCUGCAGGAGGUUGAAGGACUAAAGAAAAGAGAGUCUUUGACUCUCAUUGUAGAAGGAAAACCUCAAAUCAAAAUGACAAAGAAAACUGAUCCCAGUGGACUGUCUAAAACAAUAAUCUGCCAUGUGGAAGGUUUUCCGAAGCCAGCCAUACAGUGGACCAUUACUGGCAGUGGAAGCGUCAUAAACCAAACAGAGGAAUCUCCUUAUAUCAAUGGCAGGUAUUAUAGUAAAAUUAUCAUUUCCCCUGAAGAAAAUGUUACAUUAACUUGCACAGCAGAAAACCAGCUGGAGAGAACAGUAAACUCCUUGAAUGUCUCUGCUAUAAGUAUUCCAGAACACGAUGAGGCAGACGAGAUCAGUGAUGAAAACAGAGAAAAGGUGAAUGACCAGGCAAAAUUAAUCGUGGGCAUCGUUGUCGGCCUUCUUCUUGCUGCUCUCGUUGCUGGCGUCGUCUACUGGCUGUACAUGAAGAAAUCAAAGACUGCAUCAAAACACGUGAACAAGGACCUUGGUAACAUGGAGGAAAACAAAAAGUUAGAAGAAAACAAUCACAAGACAGAAGCCUAAGAGAGAAAUUGUUCUAGUUGUUGUCCAGAGAAAAUAACUAUAUAGACCAAUUGAAGCAUGAACGUGGAUUGUAUUUAAGACAUAUACAAAGACAUUGACAGCAAUUCAUGGUUCAAGUAUUAAGCAGUUCAUUCUACCAAGCUGUCACAGGAUUUUAGAGAAUUAUCUCAAGUAAAACAAUGAAAUGAAAUUACAAACAAAAACAGGUUUUGGCAGCCAUGAUAAUAGGUCAUAUGUUGUGUUUGGUUUGAUUUUUUUUUUCUGUAAAUGUCUGCACUGAGGAUUUCUUUUCGGUUUGCCUUUUAUGUAAAUUUUUUACGUAGCUAUUUUUAUACACUGUAAGCUUUGUUCUGGGAGUUGCUGUUAAUCUGAUGUAUGAUGUAAUGUUUUUAUUUCAAUUGUUUAUAUGGAUAAUCUGGGCAGGUAUAUUUCUGAUUCUGAUUGCUAUCAGUAGUGCCCCAAACAUUCUCACAAGCACCCAGAUCCCAAAGGUGGCAGCUUGUGAAGAGGGGGGACAGACACACACAUUGCCCUGUUCAAAAACUGUUUUAUCACAAGAGAAGGAAAGUCAGAGAGUCAGACUGAGAAGGAGCAGACAAAUUGAUUCUGUGUAUGUGUCACCAAGGACUCUCAAAAGUAAGCCACACACACGUAUGGAAGCACUCAUAUAGUGACAGUACUCCCAAAUUUGAUCCUUCUGCUUAUUCUCAAGAAACCAUGACAGAAUUUCGGUAGCACUUUCCUAUAAAGACACUUGCUGGUAAAUUAAUUUAUGUCAAAAGAAUAACCAAACCAAUGUGUGAGAGACAGUUUGGAAAAAUCAUGGAGAACAUGGCCAUUUUCAUAGAUCACAAUGUCUAUCACCAUAAUUGAAAAUUGGUUUUAAAUCCUUUGGGUUAUCCACUGCCUUAAAAUUAUACCUAUUUCCUGUAAAAAAAAUUUUAAAAAGAUAUCAGUCAGAAUUGGAGAUUUUUAACAGUGGUCAUUAUCAAAGCUGUGUUAUUUUCCACAGAAUAUAGAAUAUAUAUUUUUUUCGUGUGUGUUUUUGUUAACUACGCUACAGAUAUUGAAUGCACCUUGAGAUAAUUUAGUGUUUUUAACUGGUACAUAAUUUAUCAAGCCGUACAUGAAAGUGUAAUAAUAAAAUGUCUAUGUAUCUUUAGUUAUAUUCAAAUUUGUAACUUUAUAAACAUGUUUUAUGCUUGAGGAAAUUUUUAGGGUGGUAGUAUAAAUGGAUACUUUUUGCAGUAGACUGGAUAUGGGCCAAUAGCUACUUGUGACUAGACUUUUAAACUUUGCUCUUUCAAGCAGAAGCCUGGUUUCUGGGAGAACACUGCACAGCCAUUUUUGUCCCAGGAUUUGCAUAACUUUAUAGAAAGAAAGGGAACAUCAGAUUCCAGGUAUAGAACUCUGUUCUCUAAGGAGGGAAACAGAACCUGGUGUUGGUUUUUUAGAGUGAUUAAAAAAUUAUGAAGGCAAUGAAAAAUCAAUGAACGAUUGAGGUUGAAUGAAGGUUAGGAAUGAUAUUUUGCCACUUCUGCAUUGUUUAGAAACACAUAUUAUUGUACAUUUGUAAACCAUUUACUGUCUGGGCGAUAGUGACUCAGUUUCAUAAAAGCUUCUUGUAGUACAUUGAUAUGGAUUAAAUAUAAGAAAUAUCCUAUUAGACUCGAUGCUGUAUGGAAUAUUAUGGGAAAAAAAGAAAAUGUGUUAUUUUGCCUCUAAACUUUGAUGUAUUGAAGUUUUAUUUGGCAGGAAAAAUUCUGAAUCUUGGUCAAUAUUUAAACCAAAGUAAAAGGGGAAAAACCAAAGUUACUUGUUUUGCAUGGCUACGCCAUUCUGUAAUCUCUGUAAAUACUGUGAUUUCUUUUCCUUUCAUCUUUAGAAUUUUGUUAAAGAAAUUCUAAAACUUUUAAACACCUGCUUUUCACAAUAAACUAUGAACACUAAAAUGAAAGUACAUCCAUAUAAAUAUUUUUCUUUCUUUUCUGGUGUGGGAGAUCAAAGGUUCAAAGUCUAAUUCCUAAGAUAUAUUUGCAGAAAGAAGCAUUUUGACAAGAGAAACAGACGGUUAUACCACAAUUCUUUCUUGUUUUCCACUUGGAAUGGUUAACCAAGUCCCAGAACAACUGUCAGAAGCGAGGGAGAAUAUGGGAACGUCAGAGGUCUGGAUGGAAAGUGGAAGGUUUGACUGGAAAAAAGAGAUAGCAUUACUACUAUCGACUCAGUGCCUGGAUGAAAAGAAAACUGUGUAAAGGCAGCCUUGUACACAACUACUUUGAGAAGGAAGAUUAUGAACAAUUCUCAACUUCUGAGGCUCCGUCCUCUCUCCAGUUUAAACCUGGCAACAAGAACAUAUUUUGCCAGUUCAAGUUCCCUCCCUUAUCUGUGAUUACAGGAAUUAUAUGUGGAAAUGGAUUAACAUACCCGUCUAUGCCUAAAAGAUAAUAAAACAAAUAUGUCUUCA